AUGGCGAUCGCGCGACCGAUUCGCAUGCUGGGUGCAGCAUGUAUCCUGCUGACACUCUUUCUCAUCUUCCAGACGCGCCAAGACUCUGGUGGGACGUCAUCUAAAUUGACACACGGCAUGAGACGGGAUCCCCUACUAGAUCCCACUGGAGAGCCAGCUGGCGAGUUAUGGCGCGCCGAGGAUCACGACUAUGCCCCUGGAAGCGAGAAGUCAGCCCGCACGAACGCAGCGCUCAUCUCCUUGGUUCGCAACCAGGAGCUUUACGAGCUGAUCAGCACGAUGCGUGAUCUUGAGCGUACCUGGAAUAACAAGUUCAACUAUCCAUACAUCUUCUUCAACGAUGAGCCCUUCACAGAGGAAUUUAAACAGAAGACGCAGGCCGUCACCAAGGCUAAGAUUCAGUACGAGUUGGUACCCAAGGAACACUGGCUGGUCCCUGACUGGAUUGAUAUGGAGCUAUUCCGUGAAUCCGCUCAAAUUCUCGAGGAGGAGAACAUCCAGUACGCCUCGAAGCUCUCGUAUCACCAAAUGUGUCGUUGGAACAGCGGCAUGUUCUACAAGCACCCUGCCCUCAAGGAUUACCGCUACUAUUGGCGCAUCGAGCCCAAGGUACAAUUCUUUUGCAAUGUCGACUACGAUGUUUUCCGCUACAUGGAGGACAACAACAAGACCUACGGCUUUACUAUCAACCUCUACGAUGCCCCGCAGACGAUCAAAACGCUAUGGCCUGAGACCCGCAAGUUCCUCGCCGCGAACCCCUCGUACUUGAAUGAGAACAACAUGUGGGAGUGGCUUACGGACGACAAGGCGCGUCCCGAGCACACAAAGGGUGCAAAUGGUUACUCAACUUGCCACUUCUGGUCCAACUUCGAGAUUGGUGAUCUAGACUUUUUCCGGGGAGAGCAGUAUGAGUCAUACUUCCAGCACUUGGAUCGCGCGGGUGGUUUCUUCUAUGAGCGUUGGGGUGAUGCGCCCGUCCACUCAAUUGGAGUCGGUCUUUUCGCUAAUGCUGCGAACGUGCACUGGUUCCGUGAUAUCGGCUACAACCAUAUCCCAUACUAUAACUGUCCCAACUCACCAAAGUGUUCUGGCUGCAAAGCCGGUCAAUUCUUUGCCGGUGCAGAUUUUCUCGCCAAGGAGGACUGCCGGCCAACGUACUUCAAGUACGUUGGUACACACUAG